UCCGUCGAAUCCAACUCUCNAAAUACAAAUAAUGUUAAACCUCAGAAUGCAUUAGAUGCAUUACUAACGUGUAAUCAGGACUUCUAUCCAAAUAUUUAUAAUUUAUUGCACAUCCUUGCUGUACUCCCAGUUACAUCUUGUGAGUCAGAAAGGUCAUUUUCUUCACUGAAGCGAAUCAAAACAUAUUUGAGGAAUUCGACUUCUGAAACCAGGUUAAAUGGAUUAGCGGUUCUUAACAUACACCGUGAAGUUCCAGUUACAGAAGAUGAAGUCAUUGACGUUUUAGCUUCAAUAAAACGCCGCUUAGAUUUUUCUUUAUAA